AUGUUUAGACAAGCUGCCAAGAGAAGUUAUGCUACUUUACCACCACAUGCAUUGAAGCCAGCUUUUGGUGCUCCAAACAAGGCUGCUGCUGAAGCUUUCAAGAAGUCUGUUGAAGUUACAACUGAACAUGCCGAAGCUACUUCCAAUUUCUGGAAGAGAAUUUCCUUAUUUGUUGCUGCCCCAGCUAUUGGUUUAACAGCUAUCAACACAUACUUUGUUGAAAAGGAACAUGCCAACCAUCGCGAACAUUUGAAACAUAUCCCAGAUUCUGAAUGGCCAAAGCAAUACGAAUUCCAAAACAUCAGAAGUAAGCCAUAUUUCUGGGGUGAUGGUGACAAGACUUUAUUCUGGAACCCAGUUGUCAACAGACAUAUCACUGAUGAAUAA